UCUCGUUCAGUUCAGUUCAGAGCUGAGUUUCUCCUGAGAGGAGGGAGUGAGUGAGAGAGGCGUGCCUCGUGCGCUUCAGGACUGUUGGGACGUUUCUCCCUCAGCUUCAUUGCGUUUCGGACUUUAUGAACUGAACCGACCCUGAGAACCUGCACUCGUUGAUGGAGAAGCGAAUCAGUGGAGACGUCGUUUCAACCAAACCUGCUCUGGACAUCUUUCAAACGACCUGACGUUCCGGAAGAAGCCCUGAAUGGAAAAGACGCUGUUUCUGUUCCACCCCCUGAGUCCUGCUGAAGGUGAGCGAGCUGAGGAGCACUACUAACAACAUGGAGAGUAGCCGGGCAGAGUUUGUUGGCUAAACAAAGUUAAGCUAAGUCUUUAUUUAAGGGAAAAGGACGUUUUAUGUGGUUGGUUGCUGUAUAAAACUAUUUGGGAGAGUUGGGAGUGUUCCACGCAAUACCAGGAAAGGAGUGCAACCAGUAGAACCAGCUUGGACCAGCAGAAGAAGCCUGCCAGAAAAAAAAGGUACUGUACAGGUACAUGUUUGUUCACCAAAGUUCAGACAGUGCAAAUGUACCCUCAAAGAAACAGCAUGAUCAUGCAGUGUCAUUUAAAAGUAGUGGGAAACAAGUGCAAAGGAAUUUAGUACAAAUUAGUCUCUUAACUAAAGGUACUGGAGAAUUUUGAGGGUAUCACCCCAGAGACAAAAGGGUAUCAAGCAAGUACCAGCCAGGUACCAAGAGGGGUAUCGCCCCCAAUAGGGACAUCAUCCAGACAUUACUGGGACAAUAGGGGUUCCACCCCACAAACAAGAGGUUACUAUCCAAGAAACAAGAGGUGCACCACCACAGUGACAAGAGGUGUAUCUUCCCAAUACAAGAGGAGUAUCUCCCCAGUGACAAGACGGGUACUACCCCAGGGACAGUCUUGUACUUUUUUCUCAGAGUGCAGAGUUGCACCACAAGUUCCAGAGAAGCAAAGCGAUGGCUGGAGGGAGCAGCUCCCACAUGAAGACCCUGGAGGACCUGACUCUGGACUCUGGCUACGGCGCUGGAGACUCCUGCAAGUCCCUGAGCCUCUCCUCCUCCUCCAAGUCCACCUCGCAGGCGCUGGCGAACGCCCCGCACCGGGGCAACUGGUGGUACUACUCGGGCUCCAUGAACAGCCGGAACAACAGCUGGGACACUGUCAACACCGUCCUCCCCGAGGACCCCGAGGACAUUUUCUCCAAGUGCCCGCGCCUGCCCGACCUGGAGGAGUUCCCCUGGAGCGAGGAGGACGUGGGCAACAUCCUGCGCCGCGUCGCCAGCCAGUACCCGGGCGAGGGCGCCUCGUUCUCGGCCGAGGCCGUGCGCAGACUCUCGGUGCUCACGCGCCGCGCCCUAGUGCGCAUCGCCCGCGAGGCUCAGCGGCUCAGCGUGGCGCACUGCCGCUGCACGCGCUUCGAGGUGCAGAGCGCCACGCGCCUCGUGCUCAGCUGGCCGCUCGCGGACCGCUGCGUCUCGGCCGCCGUGCGCGCGGUCUCCACGCACAGCAUGAGCGCCGGGGAGCCGCUGCGCCGGGGCAAGUCGCGCCGCUGCGGCCUCACCAUGCACGUGGGACGCUUCUUUCGCUGGAUGGUGGACACGCGCGUCUCGGUGCGCGUGCACGAGCACGCUGCUAUCUGCCUAAGCGCGUGCGUGGAGGCGCUCGUGGAGGAGGUGGGUGCCCGCGCGCUGACGGUGGCUGCCGCCGCGGCGGCAACGGGGGACGGAGCGCACGUCACGGUUGAAGUUUUGGAGGGGGUCGUGAACAACGACGCUGAGCUGUGGGGGGUCCUGCAGCCAUACGAGCAUCUCAUCUGCGGGAAGAACGCCAACGGCGUGCUGUCACUUCCGGCCCAUUUCAGUCCGUACACAGAGGGUCAGCAGGCUGGGGUGGAGAGCCGAGAGGAUGCGUACGCCCAGUUGGAGCUGAGGACCCUGGAACAGUCCCUGCUGGCCACCUGCGUGGGCAGCAUUUCAGAACUGAGUGACCUGGUGUCUCGUGCCAUGCACCACAUGCAGCGUCUGAGCUCUGUGCGUCCUGGACUCAGUCCAGCCCGUCACGCCCGCCAGCAGCCCGUCUCCUGGUCCCCCGACGCCCUCCACACGCUCUACUACUUCCUGCGCUGCCCUCAAAUGGAGUCAAUGGAGAACCCCAACCUGGACCCGCCCAGAAUGGCCCUGAGCAAAGAGAGGCCUUUCCUCCUGCUGCCGCCCCUCAUGGAGUGGAUGCGGGUGGCCAUCGUGCACGCCGAGCACCGCCGCAGCCUCCUGGUAGACAGUGAUGAUGUCCGACAGACAGCGCGGCAGCUCCUGCCAGGACUGGACUGUGAGCCCAGACUGCUGAAGCCAGAGUGCUGUUUUAGUUCCUUCAGGAGGCUGGAUGCCAAAGCCGCCACUGAUAAGUUCCAGCUGGAUCUGGGCUUUCGCAUGCUGAACUGCGGCCGCACCGAUCUGAUAGGGCAGGCCAUCGAGCUGCUGGGGCCAGAUGGGGUCAACAGCAUGGACGAUCAGGGCAUGACCCCGCUGAUGUAUGCUUGCGCAGCUGGAGACGAGGCUCUGGUCCAGAUGCUGAUUGACGCUGGAGCCAAUCUGGACAUCGCAGUGCCAGUGUGCUCCCCGAAACACCCCUCCGUCCACCCCGACAGCCGCCACUGGGUGGCGCUUACGUUCGCAGUGCUGCACGGACACAUCUCUGUUGUACAGCUUCUCCUGGAUGCUGGUGCGAGUGUGGAGGGGGCAGCAGUGCGUAAUGGGCAGGAGAGCUGUGCAGACACUCCUCUUCAGCUGGCCUCUGCAGCAGGGAAUUAUGAGAUGGUGAGUUUGUUGUUGGUGCGGGGCGCCGACCCCUUGCUGAAAGCUCAUGACGGAAACAUUCUUACAUCAUCGCUUUACGAGGACAUGAACUGCUUCAGUCACGCUGCUGCACAUGGCCAUAGGAAUGUACUGAGGAAGCUCCUCUCUCAGCCACAGCUGGUGAAGGACGAUGUGCUCUCUCUGGAGGAGAUCUUAGCGGAGGGUGUUGAGGGGGAGGUGGGGACACUCAGCAGGAACGGAGACAUCCCACCCUCUCCCAACCCCAGCCUGGCCUCAGAGGGGGGACAGCCACGCCUCUGCAAAGCUCGCAUGAAGGCCCUCCAGGAGGCCUCAUUCUACAGCGCUGAACAUGGGUACCUGGAUGUCACAAUGGAGCUCCGAUCUCUGGGUGUGCCCUGGACAAUGCACGUCUGGCUGGAGUCUCUGCGCAGCGCACAGCUACAGUCCAGAGCCUCCGUCACGCUGUCCCUGCUCCGAGACUUCACCUCCAUCAAGGAGGACAACUACUGCGAGGAGCUGCUGUCUGUCGGCCUGCCCCUCAUAUUCAGCAUCCUGAAGAGCAGCAAGAAUGAAGCUAUCAUCCAGCAGAUCGGCUCCAUCUUCAGUCACUGCUAUGGACCCGCUCCUAUUCCUCCUGUUCCAGAGAGGAAGUCCACUCUUUCAGCACAGCUCGAUCCUCAUUUUUUAAAUAACCAGGAGAUGUCAGACGUGACAUUUCUGGUGGAGGGGAAGCCGUUCUAUGCUCACAGAGUUUUGCUAAUGACAGCAUCUGAGAGGUUCAAGUCCAUUCUGGGCUCCAACAGUUCUGGUAACUCUCAGCACUGCAAUGACAUCGAGAUCAGCGAUGUGAAGUACAACACUUUUCAGGUGAUGAUGUCAUACCUGUACUGCGGGGGAUCAGAGUCUCUGAAGCUGGCUGUUCCAGAUCUGCUGGAGAUGCUGUCAGUGGCCAGUUUGUUCCAGUUGGCAGGACUCCAGCGGCACUGUGAACAGCUGUGUGCUCAGAACAUCAACCUGGACAACGCAGUCAGUGUGUACAACACAGCCAAGGCUCAUGGUGCAGCAGAGCUGAGUGCAUACUGUGAGGGCUACUUCCUUCAGAACAUGGGCUCUCUGCUGGAGAGGGAGAGCUUCCGGGGGCUGAUCUGUGGGCCUGGAAGCCGCUCCAGCCCCGGGAGAGACCUUCUUCUGGAGGAACUGGAAGGAACACUAAUCUGCAGGAUCCGUUCACUGCACAUCACCUCCCGUGUGUGAGAGGAGGAGGCCAGAGAGGAGCUGGAGAUGGAGGAAUAAAGCUAGAGAAGGACAAUAAAGGACAAUGACUGAGGAUGAUGGACAAUGAUGAGAGAGAAGGAGAGAGGAAAGGUUACAGAAGACAGAGUUCCUGUGAAGAUGAACAGAAAGAGAGAAAAUGAAGUGGAGUGGAGGACAAUAUUGAAGUUGGAGAGAAAGUAGCAGUAACUGUGAAAGUUGUGCAACGUGGGCAGAGAUUGUUUUUUUCGAGAUUUUCAGUUUGGGAGCUUGCAGCUAUGGACAAUGCAAAGAGUGUAAAAUACAUAUACUGAAUGCAGUGGCAUUCUAGUAGCUAAAGCUAUCAACAUGUAGAAGCCCUAAAAUUGUGUCUGGAGAACAGCGUUCGUUCUAUGCUCGGACACACGUCCAUUGUGCAUUUUGAGAGUCGAUGUGGUGGGAGCCGUGCUGGAUGGAGUGGGAAAUUUGAAUUUUUAUAAGCUAAAUUGCAACAAGUGUAUUGGAGAAAGGAAUGGACAUUUUCUAUUUAAAAAUGUGAGAUUAUUUAAGUUCCCUUUUUAUUGUGCUUUAUGCCAAACAAAUAAAAUAAUAUAAAACAA